AUGAAGCUUUCCACUGGCCUGGUUCUGGCUGGCCUGUCCUUGACGACGGCGGCCAUGAGUUCUAAGGAACCACCGCACCCUGCGAAGGAACCACCGCACCCUGUGAAGGUCACUCCCCCUAAGGGAAAGUGGUUUGACAGGAUCGUGGUGAUGGUCUUGGAGAACACCAACAAGGAUGUCACUUUCGGCAACCCCUACUUCCUCAAUCUCACCAACAUGGGCAUGACGCUUGGCAACUACCACGGCACCACUCAUCCCUCCCAGCCUAACUACAUUACCAUGAUUUCCAACACUAUUGCUGCUGGUGUUUACGAUGAUGCCGACCACAACAGCACCGAGAUGAGUCUGAUUGACUUGUUCGAGCCUGCCGGUAUUACUUGGAAGGCCUACAUGGAGGGCUACACACCCCUCAAAAACGGUGAAUGCAACCCGAUCUCUGAGGACGAUUCCACACUCUACGUCCGCAAGCACAACCCCUUCAUGUCUUUUGACAACAUCCGCAACAACACUUCUCGCUGCCAGAACAUUGUCAACGCUGAGCAAAAUUUUGCUAAGGACGUUGCUAUGGGUGCCGAUGCUCCUAUGUACAUGUUCUACACCCCGAACCUUGACAACGAUGCCCACAACACAAACGUCUCUUUCGCGGCACAGACCGUGCAGUAUGUGAUGGACACUAUGCUACACAACGAGGAGUUUAUGAAGAACACUUUGAUUGUCCUUACUUUCGAUGAGAACAAUAUCUACAUUAACGACAACUUCGGCCUGCCUAACUCAAUCUAUACUGUACUUCUGGGUAACGACACGCUUAAGUGCUAUGAUUGCGUUGACCAGCAGUAUCACAACCAUUUCUCUCAGGUCGUGACCAUCGAGAGAAACUGGAACCUGAGCACUAUUCCCCAGCCUGAUGGCAGCGGUGAGGGCUGGGACAUGUGGUGGCGCCCGUUCGGUAUGCUUCGUACCGCUGCCGACAAGAUUUGCGCGUACGCUCCUUGCUCUGAAUACUAUAACGAUGAAAGCCCGGCCCCAGCCGAUGGUAAUUGGGGAGACCAAGACUAUUAG